CCAGGCUCUUUGGCGUUAUCCUCGGCUUAUUGUCUUGGCAAUUUCUCGCCCGGCAGAGUCCACCGCGUGCCAAGCUUCUUCCUCAUCUUCGGACGAAGGAAUGAUUCACCUUCUUUCGCAAUACCAACCUCCCUCUUCCAUCGGCUGCUUGUACAGAUCUCAAAGUGGCUGUUGGGCAAUCCAACGAUGGAUGUCAUGAAAGAAGGUGAAUCAUUCUUUUGCGCCGAAGAUACAAUCUGAACCCAGGUGUCUGUCCAUAUUCCCCAUUAAUUCACCAAAGCUUGACCUCAGAGAUCGUAGCUUUAAUUGGUUCUCCAAUCAUCCUCUAGAAUCAUGGCAGAAUUAGCAGUAACAGCUGCCGGUGCUGCUGUCGAAAUGGUGGUGGAGAAGUUGGCCUCUGGGCUAUGGAAGGAUCUGGGACUGGCGAGGAGCGUCUACACCGACAUGGAGAAGUUGCAGAGCAAGUUAUCAACGAUCCAGAACGUGCUUGAUGAUGCAGAGAAGAAAUCUAUCACCAACAAAGCUCUGCAAAGUUGGUUGAAGAAACUCAAAGAUGCAGCUUUAGAUGCUGACGAUGUGGUGGAUGAGUUCCAAACUGAAGCACUGCGGCGAAGAAUGGAGAGAUAUGACCGCAUGACUGGAAAGGUGCGUGACUUCUUUUCCUCAAACAAUCCAAUCGCAUUUCGAUAUAAAAUUGGUGGCAAGAUAAGUGAAAUUAGGGAGAGAUUUGAUGAAAUUGCAAAGGAGAACAAGGAUUUUGAUUUGAUGGUGAUCAAAUCUGACUCAGAUAGACCUGUGGACCGUGAGACCACCUCAUUGGUGAGCGAACCAAAAAUUUAUGGACGAGAUGAAGAUGAAAAACAGGUCAUGGAGUUCUUAGUUGACAGAGAUAAUGACAAAAAUAUCUCCAUCCUUACAAUAGUUGGCCUUGGUGGAAUUGGAAAGACAACCCUUGCUCAAUUAGUCUACAACAAUGAGAGGAUUAAGGAGCAAUUUGAGCUUCGAAUGUGGGUGUGUGUGGGUGAAACUUUUGACGGGAAAAUGGUCUUGCGGGCAAUGAUUGAACAACUUAAAGGGGAGCAGAGCAUUUUCUCAAACUUGCAAACCAUGUCAACUUUCUUGGAUGAAAAAUUGAGAACAAAAAGAUUUCUUUUGGUUUUAGAUGAUUUAUGGAACGAUAAGGAAUCGGAGUGGGAACAACUAAAACCUUUGUUCAUACAUGCCAAAUUAGGAAGCAAGAUCAUAGUAACAACACGCAUUGAAACUGCUGUUUCUGGUGCAUCUACAAUCGGAACCGUCUCAGUACAUCGAUUGCAAGGGUUGCAAGAUGAGGAUUGCUGGUGUCUGUUCAAGCAAAGGGCAUUUAGGUCUGAGAGGGAAGAAGAUAACCGAGAAUUGGAGAAAAUUGGAUGGGAGAUCAUUAAAAAGUGUGGAGGUCUGCCUUUAGCAGCAAAAGCUCUUGGAAGUCUGAUGAACUCUUACACAAAGGUACAGGAGUGGUCAGCUAUCUGUAAAGAUUUUGAAGUAGGAGGGUUACCCAUAGGCGAAGCUGGAAUUCUCCAUGUACUAAAGUUAAGUUAUGAUCAUUUACCUUCUCACUUGAAGCGGUGUUUCACGUACUGUUCUGUGUUCCAGAAAGAUCAUGAAAUUGAAAUCGAGAGAUUGAUUCAAUUGUGGAUGGCUGAAGGACUCAUAGAUACAUCAGGUACUUCUCAAAAUGCUGAGGACAUUGGCAAGCAAUACUUUGAUAAUUUGUUGUCGAGAUCAUUCUUUCAAGAUGUCCAAAUGGAUAAGUACAAUAAUCGAGGGACUUGUAAGAUGCAUGAUUUAGUCCAUGAUCUUGCAUGUUCCAUCACAAAGGAUGAAGCUUUAGUCAUGCAGGGGGGUAUGAAGAGCAUUUCACUUGAAUGUCGUUAUCUAUCGAUACCAUAUUCUUCUGGGUCAUCAAUUGAUUUCAAGACAACUUAUGAAGCCAAAAAAUUGAGAUCGCUUUUUUUGUUAAAGGCAGAAUAUCGUAGUAACGUUGAUGUGGAUGAAUUUAUCUUCAAUGCAACAAAAACUUUCCCCCAGUUACGUGCAUUGGGCUUAAAUUCCAGUGGAAUUGCGAAGUUGUCUAAUAGAAUAAGCAGAUUAAAGCAUCUACGAUUCAUUGACUUAUCGCCAGCUCAGAUUUCAACAUUGCCUACCUUGAUCACCAAACUUUACAAUUUGCAGACAUUGAAUCUUCGAGAUUGCAGUAUGCUAAAAGAAUUGCCUGAAGGUAUAGGUAACCUGUGCAACCUUAGAUAUAUGGAUAUAUCAUGCUGUCCUAAUAUUACAACAUUACCUCUCUCAAUCACCAGACUUUCCAAUUUGCAGACAUUGAAUCUCCCAAAUUGCAAUAUGCUAAAAGAAUUGCCUGAAGGUAUAGGUAACCUAUGCAACCUUAGAUAUAUGGAUAUAUCAUCGUGUUUUCAGAUUACAACGUUACCUACCUCGAUCACCAGACUUUCCAGUUUGCAGACAUUGAAUCUUUCCUAUUGCUGGAUGCUAAAAGAAUUGCCUGAAGGUAUAAGUAAUCUAGGCAACCUCAGACACCUAGAUAUAAGAGGCUGUGACAAUUUGGAUUGCAUACCUCGUGGCUUGGGCCGGUUGGGUAACCUUGAGACAUUGCCGAUGUUCAUUGUUGCUCAGGAGAAUGGAUGCACCAUCGCGGAGCUGCAACAUCUGAACUCUAUUCGUGGUAGCUUGGAAAUUAAGAAUCUGCAUCAUGUGAAAGAUCCAGAUGAAGCCAUGCAAGCAAACCUGAGGGCAAAGACGAGAUUGAAUUACCUGAGACUUGAGUGGAACAAAGGUGGGGGUGAGGAACAUGAACCAUCAUCUACUGAAGUGGAAGUGGCAGAGGGUGUAUUUGAAAGGCUCCAACCUCACCAUAAUCUGGAGAAGUUGGAAAUCUAUUCUUAUAUAGGCACCAGAUUACCCAAUUGGAUGUCACCUUCUUUC